GACACGCGGUUCAGCUGUAGUUAAGUCUUGUGCGUUACACGGUUUAUUGUAAUUGAGUGGACAAUCUUGACAGCGUAUUUUUAAUCGUGUGUAAAAUUAACCUGUGCGUUUUGGUUAUUUCGGUAAAAUGAUUGGUUGAAGAUUAAGAUUUGAUUUGUGUACAAACGUUUAAAAUCCAUCCGCCAUUAUGGCAAUGUAUGAAAAAAGCGAACUGUUGUCAGGGAUCGUAUUAGGCCUAGCCUAGUUGGUAAAAACGUAUGUUUCAGCGCAUGGGGUCUCGGGUUCGAUCCUUUAGGUGACAACGAGAGUUUUCUUGUGAUUUUCUCAUUGGUGGUGUCUGGUCUCUGGUGAAUAAUACCAGUCCCAUCCAUCAUCGACCUAGCCAAGAACCAUCUUUACUAUCUAAUAUGCGAAAGAAGAUACCCUCUGUAGCAUUUAAGUUCGGGAAAUAGAAAAAUAUAAAACUGAUUCAUCAAUUAUCUAAAGAUAUUUUAAUAUAUUUACAAACAGUUUUGGCCGGUGAACAGUUGUCAGAAAGAGCUGAAGUACAACGCAUUCGACUUAUUACUAAACUUUCUUUCAGAGAAAAGUCACCGUCACAAGGUCCUUAUUUAGAAAUGAAUGGACGAUCUAAAGGUCUUAUAAUGAAAUCAAAUAGUUUUGCUUGUCUUCAUCAACAAGUAGCUUAUGAAGAACUCUGUGCGGAUGACCAGCCUAUUUAUAACAAUGUGCCGUACGAGGAUGAAGAUUUAUUAGAUAAUUAUGAAUCGUUCAGUGUGGGUAAUGGACGAGGAUAUAUUAGGACAGAUUCCAAAUCGAUUAGCAAUAGUUCCAAAAGACACAGUGGUGAGUCAACAACAGGCGAUGAUUCCUCAUUGGGAUCUUCGCGGUGUACGCUUAGCAAAUCUGUCAGCCUAAGUAGCAGAUCUACUAGCGAUUCUUCCGAGAGUUCAAAGAGCGAAGUAAUAUUCGUGUCAGCCAAUGCAGUCAAAUACUCGGCCAGUAAAUACGGUGUACUUUUAAAACGUGACAAAAUAUUAUUCGUUGAUCAUACUAAAAAAUAUUGGGCCGCUGUGUUAGCGUCUACUAUGUAUGUGUAUCACGGCGAAAAAGAAUUAAAGCCUUGUCAAGUCAUACAUCUUGAAGGGUACACGGCGAGAGAUGCGAACGUCGGUUCUAUAACUAAUAAAAAAGACUGUGUAUUGGAGCUUGUAUGCCCAGGGAAAAAGACUUAUCAAUUCAUAACUCAAAAUUCAAAAGAUAUGAUAUCUUGGGUUGAAGCUAUUAAUAAUUCUAGUAGUAAGCUAUCCAUCUCAGAAUCUCUGAUUCAAUCCUCUUCUCCUAUAUUCUUUAAACACGAACAGGUUUUAUUACCUAAUCGUCAACUGCCUAAUCCUCCUACAGAAUCAGCCCUUGAAACCCAAGAUUUUUGUUACGAUAAACCAAAUCCAAUUAUAAGGCCGGUUCAUUUGUAUGCUAACUCUAACAGUGUAGAUGAGGUAGAUAUGGAUUCCAUAUAUCAAUUUAUUGAUGAGUCUAAACACAGUGGGCCGAAAAUUAGCCUAGACAAUAAUCAGUCCAUAAAUGGGUCUUAUACACAAAAUGAUUUAUGUAAUGACAAAGAUGAUUCAUAUUACAAUGUCCCAAACAAUAAACCUGUAGAAUGUGAUGUAGUGGAGCAAGAACAAAAUAAUAACAUUUAUGAUGAAUACUACACUGAAAAAGAAAUUUGCUACGAUAUAGUGACUAGGGAAUGUGAAGUGGCACCUGAUCCUGUAUUGGGAGUUCAAGAGAUUAUUCAGAAAAUUGAAGGAAUAAAUAAUAAAAAGCAAAUAUCUCCCUUGCUCAGACGAAAAUCGCCACCUAAGGGCAAUAAUAUUGUGAGAAAUUCUACUUGCGCCAAUGAAUUAUAUGAGCCAAAUAAAAUUAUGAAAAAUAUGUCAACAAAUUUAAUAAUUACACAAGCUUAUAGGCAAUCUCGUUAAAUUGACUGAAAUAUUAUAAUCACAUUUAUUUGAGUGACCAUAGUUUGUGUAAUGAAUUAUAUUGUUACAUUGCUAUUCAACUGUUAUUUUUCAAUAAUUUAAUAGCGUUUAAAAUUUUGUACCUAUUGGUUUUAAAUCAAAAUUUUUACACCAUAUUUUUUCUAAUUUUAUUUAAUAUUAUGUUUAUGGAUUAAUGUUAUAAAAUCCGCUCAAUUUAUUGUUUUUAGUCCUUUUGUAAUUAUUUUGAAACAAAAUUGGGAUUUAUUAUUACUAUUAACGCUUGUGUAAUAGCUAUAAGUUCAUAUUAGAAUUUUUUUACUGUUUAAUUAUUUUUUUUGUAUAUUGUAAAACCACAUUUUUGUUUCUAGUCCAUAGAUUUUAAUGAACUAAUGUCUUGUAUAUUGUAACUUUAUAUUUGUUUCUUUUUAUUGGUCUUUUAUUAUUUAAACACAAUUAAUGAUAAAAAUUUAUUUUUUUUAUUUUAUAUUAAUGUAAGACAAGUAUUUGUUUGAU